AUGCCGCGAGGGUGGCGAGAGACACACAAGCCUGAAACAGCAGACUCUUAUAGAGGACGGAGAAGACUUCCUUGGAGGAGGGACAACUCCAGCCUUCCAUCUGAAAGUGCGAAAGUAAAUGAAACCAUGAAAACGGGAGAAUUUCCCAUGGGAGUUACUCCAGUAGUAUUGAAUGAGGCUGUGGAGGCUUUUUCUUCAAACCAAACUGAAUCUUUAACUAGCAAUAACUAUGAUACACAUUACUCAACUGCUGAUAAUCCACAACUUGAAACCAAAGGGGCACAGGAAAUCAUGGAUAGUGGCUCAAAUCCAUCCUCACUUAAGGCAAAUGGCUUUUCAUGUGCAAGAAAUCAAGGAACAAGCCUCACUAAUGCUAGCAAGCCUUUGUCUCUGUUUCCAUUCCUUGGAAUGCCAAGUACCGUAGGUUCAAUAGCUUCCAUCACAUCACCUACAUCACCAUCAGUACCACAGUGGAUGCAGUUAGUAACAAAUCAGGAUGCUGAACGAAUAAUGCAAGACAUUAGUUCAGGUGGGCUGCAUUUUUGUUGACUGGUCAUAAGCACCUUGUGGUAACCUUUGUAUUCUUCUAAAGGUGGCCCAACUGGAUGUUUUAGGGGGAAUACCUCCCAAGUUUGAGCAUUAACUAUGUCAACAUGAGUCAAGAUAUGAAAAAAAGGUAACCACAACUGUAUUAUAUAAAGAUGAAAAUUUCUUUCUUGUAAUCGAAGUUGCUGUGGCAACGUAAUGACGCCAUUACUUUUUUAUUUAUCUUUGUGUUUCUCUGUACUGGGAGUUUUUUUUAAGAAAUUGCUUAAGGGAGUAUGUACAGGCAAUUAUGGCAAAGUUUGAACAAUAAUAUUCUAUGAGAGUGUUUGGAAAUACUUUGAAACAAAGUUUUAAGAAUCAUAAAAAUGGUGAAAUAGCAUGCUAUCUGCACAAUUGGCUAAUAUUUUACAAAAAUGAUAAGCUUUGGAAACAUGGCUUCAUCUCUUAGUCAAAAAAAGCGGGGAAUUGCCCUGGGCAAUCGCAAGUUAGAAGAAUUUUAUUAACCUGCAUUCAGCUGCUUUUGUUACAGUUUUUGCAUGUAAUUUGGUCCAUGCCUACAAAUUUUGCAUUAUUCAAAAAACUGUUACAUGAAUUUUUUAAUAAACUUGACAAUACCGAGAUCAAUCAUCAAUAAAUAUACCCUGCAAGUUUCAAGAACAUUAAAAACAGAAAAGGCUUUUAAAUAGGGCUUCACAUAUAACCAAUGUUUCCCCCAGAUUUUGUGUUCACAAGUGAGUGUCCUCAUUAUUCACUGGCAUUGUUUUCAAGUUUCAUGUGCAUGGGCACUCCCUUAAGUGAUUUCUUAAAAGAGCUUCUGGUACAGAGAAAUGCAAAGAUGAAUAAAAAAUGUAAUGGCAUCAUUAUGUUGCCACGGCGACUCCGAUUGCAAUAAAACCCAGAUCAUAAGAAUUUUUUUUAAAGAAAUUUUCAUCUUUAUAUAAUACAGUUAUGGUAACAUUUUCCCCAUAACUUAACUCAUGCUGACGUAGUUAAUGCUCAAACUUGGGAGGUAUCCCCCCUAAAAAAUCCAGUCGAGCCACCCUAAGUACAUACAUCUUUUAAUCAAGUUGUUUAAAGUAAAAUACCUGCUGCUUCUACCCACCCCCCCCCUUAGUUACCUUGUAUAGACCCAUUUACCUGUAAACAAAAAAAACAUCCUGUUACAAGCCCUCCUCCAUAUUGAACAACACAUUAAACAACUUUUUGAAGCUUAAAAAGGCAACUACAGGUAAAUUCAAAAAGUAUCUUGAUUAGCACUGACACUGUGUAGCUUGUUUAGGCUUGUACAAUCAACUUUUGCCUUGUGGAAACCCGCUAUAACGGACGACCCUGAUAAUACAGAUAGCAGCUUAAUCCCAGGCAAAAUUGAAUUACAGAUGUUUGACUGAAGUAUAGUCCCGCUAUUACAGGCUCUCGCUAAUGAGGACACUAACUCAAGUAACAAGUAAUGAGGACACUAACUCAAGUGGAAGAUUAUGUUAUUACAGAAACACAAACAAGGGGUGUCAGUUCUUCAGUUACAGUGUCACGAUGUAACAAAAGCAAAAGAACUCAAGUGACCGAAAGCCUAGUAGAUCUAUGUAAUAAACAAGAAAAAGUGGAGAUUAAGUCAACUCAAGUCAAAUGUAAGUGAACUUCAACUCUUUGCACUGAUCUACCUUGUAAAAUUUCAUUGCAGAUGGUUCAAGUAUGCAGCAGUUGAAGGAUGAAUUUAAAAGACUGAAGCUUGAGCAGAGUAACUGGCAGAAAGAACAAAGUGAUUGGUUUUCUCAACAGGAAUGCCUUAACGAUGAACUUAGACAAGUUCAUCUUGCUAAGGAGGAAGCUGAACAGGAGAUUUGUAACUUGCAAAGACAGUUGAAAGCCAAGGAUGCACAUAUACAUGAACUGGAAACAACACUGUCCACUGCUCAACAAGCACUAGAGGAAUACAGACAAAAAGAACCUUGUGACUGGAUGAUAUCCAGAGAUGAGAUACACUUGACUGAUAAAUGCUUAGGGGUGGGAGGGUGGGGAAAAGUUUUCCUUGGAAGAUUUAGAGGUUGUCAAGUUGCUGUGAAACAGAUCCAUGAGUUGAUUUUGUCUCCUCAUAACAGACGUUUGUUUGAGAGAGAAAUGAACAUUGCUGCACGGUGCCGGCAUCCCUGUUUACUGCAGUUCAUUGGUGCAACUAAUGAUGAAGGGAGUCCUCUAUUUGUGACGGAGCUCAUGGAAAUAAGUUUACGGGGAUUACUGGAGCGGCGACAACUCUCUGAGGCAGAAAUAACAGCCAUUUCUUUAGAUGUAGCCUUAGCAUUGAACUAUUUGCACAAAAGUAAACCACCAAUCAUUCAUCGGGAUGUCAGCAGUGCUAAUGUGUUGCUAUGGCAACAAGGUGAUCUGUGGAGAGGCAAAGUGUCAGAUUAUGGCACUGCUAAUUUCAUGCAGCAGACCAUGACAGUGGCUCCUGGAGCUAUGAUUUACAGUGCACCUGAAGCACUUACAUCAAACCAAACAGUCAAGGUUAGUCAACCAACUUUAGAUGCAGUGGUAAACCUUAAGUGAUGCCCUUGCUGUAGUCAUAGUUAGUAACUACUAACUUUGCUUUGAUUUUAUUUACAACAUAAGCAUGAAUAGUAGGUAAAUUUUCCUGUAAAAAGGUGUCAUGUCAGAGGUUAAGUUUAGAUAUUGCUGCACUAAAACCUAAUGAGUUAAAACUUUGUGAAACCUUAUUCCUUGAAUUCAGUACUGAAUUGUUACAUAAACUCUGAAAUGUAGGCUCUGUUACUCAUAUUAUACGAUUAUACCUCACCCUUUCCAUAUGAACUGCAAAAGAUUUCAGUGGCAUGCCGCAUUUUAAAAUAAUAUAUUCUUGCUUUUUUUCCUUACAAAAAGUGUUAUAUGACUUUUAAGGUAAUAAACAGCAAAAAUAACUUUUGAAGAACUAUUAAAACUGUGCAGUCACAAUUGUCAAAAACCUUUCUUAACUUAGUCUGAAAUGUCAUACAUCUUCAGCCCUAACCAAUGGGGGGCUCUCUCCCCCGCACCCCCCAUGGGUUAGGGGGUGGAGACAUGUAACAUUUCAGACUACUCUUAAGUGAAAUCUUUUUAUGUUGUUACUUAGCUCCUCAAAGUUUAGACUUAGCAGGUGGUUGCUUUGGGCAUAUCUCGUUCAUGCUUCUUAAAGUAAGAGGUCAAAAGAGAAAAAGGUAGAGGAUGGGGUAAAAGAAAGAAUUCAUAGAGAACUGUCCCCUUCCCUGCUCCCCCAUUCUUUCUCAUUUGAACUGGGUUCAGCUUUCGCGGAGCCAGAUCCCUUGCUUUAGGAAACAUGACAAUAAAAAGAAACCGCCAGCUACGCUGGUUAGAAAAGUUUGAAGUGAGUAGUGUUGUUGUAGAAGGUGUCCUAGAUAUUUAUAAUGUUGUUUUUGUUGAUAGAUUGACGUGUAUAGUUUUGGAGUUCUCCUGUGCGAAAUGUGUACCCGGGAAAUGCCAGAUCCAAACCAGCGCAAGGAACAAGUUGCCCUGGUAACAAAUCACGUGUUUCGAGGCCUCAUACGGGGCUGUGUGCAGUCAGACCCUGAGCAAAGACCAAAUAUGGAAGAUAUCAUUGAAGAAGCUUAUUCAGCGCAUAUAAUCCCUUGAAAUCCUAUGCUCUAGUA